AUGGACGACUGGGAAGACGAGUACACCGCGGACGGCGUUGCUAUCUACAAGCCUGUAACAAAAUCCUCUGAAUGGAAACCGCCGUGCAGUGACAGUCUCAAGGAAAAUGUUUCUUUCGGUGUAAGAAAUGGCGCCAGGUUUGGAGCCCCGAGAGAGUGGAGAGCUCAUCGUGGCACCGAGAAAAGAAGCUGGAGGGACGGGGGCGAAGGUCGUCCGUUUCCCCGGAGCACGGAGCGCGAAGGCCCGCCGGGCAGACGACCCUUUGAAGAGGAAAACUACAACUCACCUGUGACGAUACACGUGGAGAAUGCCUUAGUUGGAAGGAUUAUUGGUCGUGGAGGAGCGAAAAUCCGUGAACUUGAAGAGAGCAGUGGUGCAAGAAUUAAGAUAAACAAUGGAGACGAUGAGGGUGAAGUGCUUAUCUUUGGGUCGUCAGAUGCUCAGCAGAAGGCCAAGGAAAUGAUUGAAGAACUGGUUGCAGAUGGCAGCUCUCGUUUUCGCAGUGGUCCAGAAGGGGGGGACUACUACAGAGGAGAAGGAGGAAGUGAUGGAGGAGUUGGUAAAGGCUCUGUGUGGUCUGCUACAGCAUUGCGCACUGCAAGCGAGGCCCAGCCCAGUGAAAGCAUAGACUGGAACGCCAUCCGGGAGAACAAGGACAAGUAUGCUGCCAUGAAGUGGAAGGACCUCCCACCAUUGAAGAAGCAUUUUUACACUGAGGCAGAAAGUGUUUCCAUGCUCACAGAGGAGGAAGUCAGUGAGUGGAGGAAAGAGAAUAACAAUGUCUUUGUGGACGACCUGAAAGAGGAGGGGAAGAAGAGGCCAAUCCCCAAUCCCUGCCGCGUCUUCCUGGAGGCAUUUGAGCCCUAUCCAGAGAUCAUGGAAAAUAUUGAACGUGUUGGCUUUGUCAAACCAACUCCCAUCCAGUCUCAGGCCUGGCCUGUGUUGCUGACUGGGGAGGACCUGAUAGCUAUUGCUCAGACAGGAACAGGGAAAACCCUAGCCUACCUGCUGCCGGGGUUCAUCCACAUGGAGGGACAGGCUUUACCUAGAGCUGAGUGGGGGGGUCCAGGCAUGUUGGUGCUGACUCCUACCAGAGAGCUGGCCCUGCAGAUAGAAACUGAGUGCAAAAAGUACCGCUUCAAGAGCUACAAGAGUAUCUGUAUCUAUGGUGGAGGGGAUAGGAGAGCCCAGAUCAAGCUGGUGAAGGGCGGCGUGGACAUAGUGAUCGCCACACCAGGCCGACUAAAUGAUCUGCAGAUGAAUGAGCUCAUCAACCUCAGCUCCAUCACCUACUUGGUGCUGGACGAGGCUGACCGUAUGCUCGAUAUGGGCUUUGAGCCCCAGAUUAUGAAGAUCCUCCUGGACAUCCGCCCAGACCGCCAGACUGUCAUGACCAGCGCCACCUGGCCCCCUGGUGUGAGACGGUUGGCAAAUACCUACCUAAAGAACCCCAUGAUGGUUUAUGUGGGCACCCUGGACUUGGCGGCAGUCAACACAGUGCAGCAGACAGUGCUGAUGGUCCGUGAAGAGGAGAAAAAGUCAUAUGUGUUUGACUUUAUCAGAAAUAUGCUGCCUGAUGAUAAAGUCCUCAUCUUUGUUGGCAAGAAGAUUUUGGCUGACGACCUGUCCAGUGACAUGUGUCUGCAGGGUAUGGCUGUGCAAAGUCUGCAUGGUGACCGUGAGCAGUGUGACCGUGAAGAGGCCCUCAAGGACUUCAAAGAGAGUCGAGUUCGUAUCCUGGUCGCCACAGACUUAGCAUCUCGGGGGUUGGAUGUUCAUGACAUCACACACGUCUUUAACUACGACUUCCCACGUAACAUAGAAGAGUAUGUGCAUCGCGUGGGCCGCACUGGACGAGCAGGACGGUCAGGUGCUUCAGUUACCCUGGUAACAAGGGAAAACUGGAGGAUGGCCGCUGAGCUUAUUCCAAUCCUGGAGCGAGCAGGACAGGAGGUCCCUGAGGAGCUGGUUCUUAUGGCAGAGAGAUACGAGAAGCAUAAGAGGGAGAAGGAGGUGUACGGUCCAAGAGGGGGAGGAGGAGGAGGAGGAGGAGGGAGAAGAGAUUUUGGAGGAAGAGGAGGCAGGGAUCGAGGUCAAAACUGGGGAUUCUAAUGCAUGAUUGUUAAUCAGAGUGAAGCAGGAUCUGAAACCGCCUGUGUUCUAACUUCUUUUGGAUGUAUAUGUCAUUCAUUUUCUUUGUUUAGAUUCUUUUAUUUCCUUUUUUCAUUGUACAAUCAUCAAUUAUCAUUGGAGGCAGUUCAUGCACCUUUAUUUGUUUUCCUCCCGUUUUAAAAAUAUUGAAAUCCACAAGUUUGACGUAAAUCUUCAGCCUGUAACUCUCCAACCACAGCAGUGUGCAGUAUCACCCUGAACAUUUUGUUAUGUCAUUUUCUGAUUUGUGAUGAAAAUA